AUGGAAAUGAACCCACUGGUACUAGAAUCGAGUCGAGUUAAUACCUGCAACGUUUCACAUGAUAAUCAUAAUACUUAUGCGCAUCUCACACAUGACAAGGCUCAGGGCAGAGCCAGAGAACGUUACAGGCCAAUACAUUCAGAUUCUCCUGCUCAUAUUUCGUGCACUUAUGCAAAAAACGUGACUUUCUACAAUUUGAGCGUCCUGGCGCGAAUCAAAGAUUUGAAUUUUUGCCCAAUUGUAGUUCGUGAGUGCAAUCUUAAAUGUAUGCUUCCUAAUAGAACCGAUAAUGGACAGUUUAUGGCAUCCCAAAUACCAUCACCAUAG